AUGGUCGUUAGUAAGCGUCAACACCAGGCCUUCUACGGCAUCAUCCCCGGAGCCGGGUCGACUCCAGUCGGCUGGGCCACCUUGCCGGUCACCUUCGGCACCCGCUACAACUACCGCACCGAGUACGUCAACUUCGAGGUCGCCGAGUUCGAGACCUCCUACCACGCCAUCCUGGGAAGACCCUCCCUCACCAAGUUCAUGGCAAUCCCCAACAACACGUAUCUUCUCUUGAAGAUGCCAGCUCCAAAGGGGGUCCUCUCGGUCUACGGAGAUCUGCAGGCCUCCUACGCGUGUGAGGCCAAGAACAUCGAACUCUCCGACACCCUGGAACGAUCCAGGAACUCAAUUCUUGUUGCUCAGGCAGCAAAGAACCUCCCGGCGGACCAUCAGUAG